GUGGCAGAGCACGCGUGUGCUGCACUCGCUCAGGAGCUGCAGGGUUGGCAGCCCUUUGCAUCCGCGGCCGACGACGAGCGAUGCCUGCUGCAGCUGCUCCUGAUCGCGCGGCUCGCGACGCAGCUCGGCGCGCCGCAGGCGGCCGCCGCGGCGCACCAGCAUCGGCGACCGGGGCAGCAGGCGAGGGCGGACGUGUCGGCGCCGGCGCCAGCGCCGGCGCCGCAGCAGCAGUCGCAGCUGGGCUGGCGGUGGGCGGCGCUCGCGGCCGUGCAUUCGGUGCUGGCGGCGGCGCUGCCUUCCGUCCUGCGGGCUGAAGACAGCCGUCCCGCACGCUCCUGCACAGAAAAGGCGCCCGCAAAGCCGCCGCCGUCGGGCGGCUGGGCGGGCUUUCAGGCGCCCCUCCGGCCGCCGGCCCUCCGGCGCGCGCAGCCCCCUUCCGGCGUCGCCGCCGCCGCCGCGCCGACGGGCGAGGCUGCGGAGCGCGGUGGGGGCGGCGCGCUCGUCCCGGCCGCCGCGGUCACGGCAAACUGGGGCCGCCUGGCGGCGCGGGCGGACGUAGACAUUGCAUCAGCCGCCGUGCGCGCGGCGGCGGCGCUCGCUGCGCAGGACGGCCUGGCGCGGGCGUGCGGCUGGGGGCCGCUGUCGGCCGCUGACCUGGCCGAUCCCUUCGCGCUGCAGCGACCCGCGCCCGCCGCACCCGCGGCGGCGGCCGGUGGCUCGCGCGCGGCGGCCGAUGGUGGUGUCUUUGGUGGCGCAGGCGGCCUGGAAGGCUGGGCGUCUCAGCCUGGCGAGCAGCAGCAGCAGCAGCAGCAGCAGCAGCAGCAGCAGUCUGGGGACGUUGGGAGCGCCGCCUCCUGGGCGGCCCUGCUUUGCAGCGCCCUGGCGUCCGAGCCGCUCCGCCGCCAGGCCAGGCGCCCCGCGCGGCAGCUGCUCCUCAGCUGCUGCGGCGGCAGCAGGGACCUCCUCCGCGACGGGCGCGCGGCGCGGGCGCUCGCCGUCGCGUGGGCGCGCUGCGCGCGGCGGCUCGGCGGCGGCGGGGGCGGCGGGGAGGCGCGCGGGUGGCUGCGCGACUGCCAGCUGGCGUCUGAGCUCGCCGCGCUGCUGCGGCUUGCGGAGGCGCGCCCCCGCUGCUGGGCCACGCUCUGCGCGCGCGACGCGGCCGCGCUGCCCGCGUUGCUGCGCGCCUGCCUGUCCCAGCGCGGCCCGACGCCUGUCGUGCACGCGGCCGUGCGGCUGAUGCUGCUCGCUUUGGAGGCUCCUUCCCCGGCGAGCGCCGCAGAUGGCAGCGGCCCGCACGCGCCCAUCAGCGCCGCGCAAAGCGGCCGCCUGCGACAGGGCGCGGCAGACAAAGGCGGUGCUG